AUGGAUAAUGUUAACGCUUUCCAAUGUACCAGUAUUACCUCCACCAGUCCCCAGUACAUCAGUAUUACCUCCAGCAGUCCCCAGUACAUCAGUAUUACCUCCAGCAGUCCCCAGUACAUCAGUAUUAUCUCCAGCAGUCCCCAGUACAUCAGUAUUACCUCCAGCAGUCCCCCAGUACAUCAGUAUUAUCUCCAGCAGUCCCCAGUACAUCAGUAUUACCUCCAGCAGUCCCCAGUACAUCAGUAUUACCUCCAGCAGUCCCCAGUACAUCAGUAUUACCUCCAGCAGUCCCCAGUACAUCAGUAUUACCUCCAGCAGUCCCCAGUACAUCAGUAUUACCUCCAGCAGUCCCCAGUACAUCAGUAUUACCUCCAGCAGUCCCCAGUACAUCAGUAUUACCUCCAGCAGUCCCCAGUACAUCAGUAUUACCUCCACCAGUCCCCAGUACAUCAGUAUUACCUCCAGCAGUCCCAGUACAUCAGUAUUACCUCCAGCAGUCCCAGUACAUCAGUAUUACCUCCAGCAGUCCCCAGUACAUCAGUAUUACCGCCACCAGUCCCCAGUACAUCAGUAUUACCUCCACCAGUCCCCAGUACAUCAGUAUUACCUCCAGCAGUCCCCAGUACAUCGGUAUUACCUCCACCAGUCCCCAGUACAUCAGUAUUACCUCCACCAGUCCCCAGUACAUCAGUAUUACCUCCACCAGUCCCCAGUACAUCAGUAUUACCUCCACCAGUCCCCAGUACAUCAGUAUUACCUCCAGCAGUCCCCAGUACAUCGGUAUUACCUCCACCAGUCCCCAGUACAUUAGUAUUACCUCCACCAGUCCCCAGUACAUCAGUAUUACCUCCACCAGUCCCCAGUACAUCAGUAUUACCUCCAGCAGUCCCCAGUACAUCAGUAUUACCUCCAGCAGUCCCCCAGUACAUCAGUAUUACCUCAAGUUGUCCCCAGUACAUCAGUAUUACUUCCACCAGUCCCCAGUACAUCAGUAUUACCUCCAGCAGUCCCCAGUACAUCAGUAUUACUUCCACCAGUCCCCAGUACAUCAGUAUUACCUCCAGCAGUCUCCAGUACAUCAGUAUUACCUCCAGCUGUCCCCAGUACAUCAGUAUUACUUCCACCAGUCCCCAGUACAUCAGUAUUACCUCCAGCUGUCCCCAGUGCAUCAGUAUUACCUCCAGCUGUCCCCAGUACAUCAGUAUUACUUCCACCAGUCCCCAGUACAUUAGUAUUACCUCUUGCAGUCCCCAGUACCCCAGUACUACCUCCAGCAGUCCCCAGUACCCCAGUACUACCUCCACCAUGCCCCAGAUGUACCUGGUUAAACACCACAAGUCUCCGGCACACCAGUAUACUCCACCAAUCACCGGUACUUCAGUAUGUACUUCAACGAGUACCCGGUACUCUGGUACAGAAAGGUUACACAAAGACCCACAAACUGCAAAAUAA